CCCCAUGUCAACAAAACUAGACUUGAUAACUUAGGGAAAUACCCCCACCUUGACCCCAGUGACCCCAUCGUUGAUAUGACAGAAGACGAGAUAAUACGGAAACAUAUUGACUUAAAUGGGAGUAUUCUGUCUCAAAAUGAAAAACAGGAAAUCGUUCGUGUUCUGAUGGAAAAUAGAGAUGCAUUUUCUCUAUAUGGCGAACUAUCUAGUUGCCCGAAUUUCGAAGUAGACAUUGAACUGACUAAUGACGAACCAUUUUUCAUUCGACCUUACUUUGCAACUGAGACUGACAAGGCUAGGAUAGAAUAUGAGCUAACCAAACUCGUCAAGUUGGGAAUUUUAGAAGUAGGACAUCAAUCAUACACCUCACCUGUCCUCCUCCUUUCCAAAAAGAACACCUCCGAAAAGAGAGUUGUUACUGAUUUUCGGUAUCUCAAUUCUAGAGUUAAACGAAUUAAUCAUCCCUUCCCCCUACUUUCGGAAACCCUCAAACGAAUUGGCAAUGCUAACACAAAAGUCCUUAGUGUGAUUGACUUGAAGUCAGCUUUUCAUUGCAUCCCCCUAUCCAAGUCAGCUCAAAAGUAUACAGGUAUUGCAUCAUACCAUGGCGGGAAACAUUACUUUUACAAACGUUUGGCACAAGGCUUAAACGUUUCACCCGCUAUCUUUCAGGCAAAGAUUGAUGAUAUUUUGGGUUCGAUCCCCAAUUCUAGGCAAUUUUGCAUAGCUCACCAUGACGACAUAAUACUAUUUAGCCAAGACAAGACCUCCCAUCGAUCCCACUUGAUAGAUGUACUAGGUGUGCUGCCAUCCAUGGCAUGCCCAAACCGAAGACCCCCAGACAAGUUAGGAGACUAGUGGGAGCAGUGAACUAUGUUGCAGGAUUUUUCCCCGAUAUACAAUCUGUUCUCAAACCCCUACACCAACUGACUAGAAAGAAAAACAAAUUCAUCUGGACUGACAAACACGAAACUGCCUUUAACAAAGUUAAAGAGCUAAUGACCAACCCUCCAGUAUUACACAUGCCCCAAAGUACAGGACGAUUCUCACUAUACAGUGACACUUCUCGGACUGCUACCGGCUCUUACUUGACUCAACUUAUUAACGGACAGGAACGUAUUAUUGGGUAUUACUCGAAAGUAUUGCCCGAUGCAUGUCAGAGAUACAGUGUGACAGAGUUGGAACUAUUUGGACUAUUGAUCAAUGUCUCAGCCUUUAAGCAUUUGCUUAAAGGAUGUGAGUUCAAUGCAUUCGUUGACCAUAGUUCAAUUGUCCAGAUUUUAAAAUCAAAGGAUGCACCGUGCACAACACGGCUGCAAAAAUUGAUUUUGAAAUUAUCUGAAUACUCCUUCCAAAUUGGAUACAAAAAGGGUACUGAACUCGUUUUGGCAGAUUUUCUUUCUCGAGCCCCUUCUGGUGACCAUGAUGAGAUUGACAGGGUUGUCCCCAUUUCAUGCUGCUUAUUUGACGAGAGUGAUUUUGUUCAUAUGUACACCCUUAACCCAGUCCAACCCAUGGAUAGGAGAAUAACACGGGCUUAUGCCAAGAAGAUGGGAAUAUCUGUUCCUGACAUUUUCCCCAACAGAUCUCAGAGCCCCACGACAACAGAAACUAGUGUAAACACACCCACUAGGCCAGCUGACCCAACACCCCCUGACAAGCCUACUACACACCCCCCACGACCAACCAAUCACGGACAGGCAUUACGACUUACCAUGCCCCUCAGGCAGGCACCAGUGCGUGACCAAGACAGUACAUGUUCUCACUCUAGAAUUAUGCCCCCUUUUUCUCCCACUCCCCAAGAGCCUAGACUCGUUGACAGACAUACUAAUGACCACCACAGAGAUGUACCACCUGAUCUAUACACACCGCCUAAGCCACUGACCACCAAGGUAAACAAUAGAAUAGCAGGACAUAUCCCCAAACAACAUGAACUUGAUAGGAUUACGGACAUAAUAAAGAGGAAAAUAAUCAGAGACUACAACCUCCCCAUUGACAUGAGAGAACUUAAAACGGAACAACAAACAUCACCAUUCUUCAAGCCUGUUUAUGAUUUUCUAGCCCAUGACAUUCUGCCAAGUGACAAAAAGGCAGCUAAGGCUAUACGAUUGAAGGCAGAGGAAUAUAUUCUUUGUGAUGGCGUUCUUUUUAGGCUCUUCUUUGACAAGAAUGACGACUUUCGACUUCAACUUGCAAUACCAGAAACACUGACAGACACUAUCAUCUCCCAAUACCAUGACAACCUACUUAGUAACCACCAAGGGACCCAACGAACUUACCUGACAAUACGACGCAACUUCUAUAUGCCCAACAUGUUUGAGCGAAUUAACAAUUAUGUUAAAGCUUGUUUGCGUUGUCAGCAGUUUCGCGGUAAGCCCGACAAGACUAGACCAUUUCACACAAGAGUACCAGACUCGUACAGACCAUUUGACCGCAUUAGUCUUGACUUUAAGACUAUGCCGACCUCUGGGACUGGAUUUAGACAUUUGAUGGUGAUAUGCGAUGAGAUAACUCGCUUUGUCAUCUGCGCGCCUCUCAAGACGCUCGAUGCAGAGACAAUUUGCGAAGCUUUAAUCCAAAAAGUAGUUUGCAUUUUUGGACCACCAUCAUGUCUAGUGACUGACGCAGCAUCUUCACUGACAGGCAAACUACUGACUACUUUGUGUUCAGCAUUGAACAUUGACCGCAAGGUCAUUAGUGUGGAAAAUCAUGGGAGUCUACAAGUUGAACGGCACAUCCGAACCCUUUCAAGUUUUCUCAAAAUAAACUUGAAUCAAUUUGGAACCGAUUGGGUUAGAUACAUUUCUACUACAACCUAUGCUUACAAUUCCUUUUCCUCCCAACACCUCGGUGACCACAGCCCCUACCAGCUCGUUUUUGGAAGAGAGCCCCCAAAUUUAACAACUUUGUCCUUCAAUCCCAUGUCUGGCCUUUCCCAAUCAUACAAAGAAUAUGUAGACCAUUUGAAACAGAAAUUUGAUCAGAUUUCCAGAACAAUGCUCUCUUUACAGAGAAAACAGCAAGAUAAGCAGAAUGUUGAAAUUGCAAACAAAUUGGGGAGGACACCCAUUUAUUCUAGAGGCCAAUUAGUAUAUUUGUAUAAGCCCACCUCUUCUUCUUUGACAGCUAAUUCUAAGAAGAUUGCAGCUGAGUGGGUCGGCCCAUUAGUAAUACAUGAUGUUCUAGAUAGGACCCAUUACAUUUUGGCCACACUAAAGGGAGAAAUUCUGCGAGAUGUGUUUAGCUUCAAUAGACUGAAGCCAUGCUUCAUGAAAGCGUCCGAUGAUAGGAAACACAUAACGCACAUACAGAAGCUCAAAGAGGCUCUCGGGAAAAACACAGAGCAAGGGAGACAAAACACUGAGCAACCAUCAGUAAACUUCAUCAAUGAAAAUGAUGAGAAACUCCCUGAGAUUGAUGUUGAGCAGGUUAUGUGUUCCCAACUAUCAGACCCGAUCCAAGAUUCAGACUAUUUGCAUGCACUAACAGACAACAAUGGGAUAGCUGCCCCCAGACCCUUAACACAGACAGACCUAGAAAGACAAUUUGACCUACUUAUGACUGCCCCCAAUAACCAGAACAUGACCCUUCAUAAAGGACGUUUCAAAGCUGGAAAUCUACAAAUAUUGACAUCAUUUGACACUGGUUAUAACACCACCAAGCAAGUGCGUUUUUGGUGGAAUGUCAAUUUGUAUAAAGGCACAGAAAACUUAAUUAAUGACAUACUGACAAACAGAAGAAUACAGAUUACAGGCAGCCCAGGAAGAUUUUAUAAGUCUUUAUAUUUGUAGGCAGUUGCCUCUAUAUCAAUUGUGUAUGCCCUAGAAAAUAUAAUUUUUUUGUAUGCUUUUAUAAGUCUAGAAGCAUCCUAGUUUAUACAAAUCACUGUAAAUUUGAAUCAAAGUUUUCCUGCAUAAGUCUACAGGCACUUUGUAGUUAAGAUUAGUAUGACAAUUGUUAUUGAAUGUUAAAUUCUUGUUGAAUUUUACACAAGUUGAACGCACUAUAGCUCGUUCAAGACAGAAGUUAUAUAACGUAUCAUAGCUCAUCAUUUUGAUGGUUUUACAAGGAUUGAAUGUACACUUGUUAUAUGAUAUUCAACAAGUUUGAAAUUACUUGUUCAUCAUUUAUUAUUCUUUAAGUUGUUUUAUGAUUAUGGAAAGAACUCUAUAAUGGGUUAGGAAUGUUAGUCACUUGAAUUCUGUGUUGAUGCUUCAUACGAAGUACAUAUAUUGUCUGUUUAAACACAGAAGUACUUUCAAUGCCUAGAGCGCACCCGUUUGCUUUCUCAUUUAUAAUCAUAUUGUUAAGAUGUUAGAUUUACAUCGACAGUUUUGUUCGUAUAUUUCUAAACCACAGUGUGCAUACUGUGAUGACGAUUUAUUAUUUGGUUAGACUCGUAUAUUCCUUUAAGGAUCGAGUCAUUUGAUAAGUGACACACGUUUACAUUUUGAGAACGUUUUGGCUUUAAUAACUUUAUAAUGGUUAUUUAACAUGAUUAUAUAUUUUUUUUUUUUAUGUUCAUGUGCAUAAGUCUGCACAAUUUAUAAUUUGAAAGUUGGAAGUUUUGUUUUUAUGUGCAUAAGUCUGCACAAUUUUAUAAUGUUACAGUUGCUUAUUGUGCAUAAGUCUGCACUAGCACGUAAGGAUGGAUUCAGUAUUGAAUCACAAAUAAGUUUUGCUACAUGUUAUGAUUGUUUAAUCGUUUAGGAUUAUUAGUUUGUAUAGGCUUCAAUAUUAAUUAUUUACAAUGUUGUAUAUGUUUGAGAGAGAGGGAGAGUAAGAGAAGAUGGAACAAUGAUCACAUGUUUCGCUUAUCAGUUUUUACUUUUCAUUAAUUAAUUAAUAUGUGUAUAAUUUUAAGAUGUCCCCCUUUUUCUUCCUCUACUGUUUUUGAAAAGAGGGAGAGGAGCCUUAUUUUCCAAAGAAAGGGGAUGUUAUGUAAAGGUAUUACAAAUCUACACCCCCUCAGUAAUAAUAUGUAAUAUCACUCAGUAUGCCCCAAUACAGAUAAGACCCACCCUGCGAAAUACCAGACCUCCUUCCAAGACAUUUGUUUAAUAACUUAUUCCAGCUAAAUAAACCACGAAUUGUAUACAUCUUUAAAGUGCCCCUAAACCACCAAAACAAAAGACUUCCUGUCUUCCUCCCAA